AUGGGGAACCUCUUCAGCGCCCAAGCGCCUCCACCACCUCCACCACCUCCGCCGCGUCCCGAGCCCGCCAGUGUUGCGCGCCCCGUCUUUCAUUGGCCGCCCCAGCAGACUAAGAGCAAGAGGCCCUGCCGCUUCCACGCGAGCGGCCGUGGCUGCUGGCAAGGUUCGUCCUGUCGGUUUUCCCACGACCCGGCCGUCAUCGCCCGGGAAGCCAGAGAGGGCGGUGGCCAUGGCCCCAAAAAUGGUGUCUCUUCGUCUCAAAAGAACGAGAUGGAGAUGCCGGCAGUGAACUGGACGCGCGAGCUACGUGGCGCAUGGGUGGAGUUUGUCCCUGGCGCCAUGGUGCCCCAUGUGUCGCUGCCAUCCGACUUCAGCGCCGUGCGUCUCAGCAACGUGCCGGUCGGCACCUCGGUCGAGAAGAUGCUCGGCGACUUGAACAUCAUGGUGACGCGCGACGAGGUGCGACUGAUGCCGUCGCGGGAACCCCCAAGCAAAGACACGUACGAUGCCAUCGUCAAGGUUGAGGACCCAGCCUUUGCGCAGAGGAUGUGCACGAUAUUGAGCACGUGCAAGAACAAGGCCAUCAGGGCCAUCGGGGUUGUGCAGAUCGCUGUGCCCACGCCUCCAGGCCUCAGCAUGAACCGCAUCGACGGUCGGCGCGUGCAGUGUUCGUGGCUGCGGCCUGAACGUACUGCCCGCCUGCGCUACAGCGACCGCGAAGCUGCUAAGCGAGUCAAGAAAGCGUACGAAGCCAGAGCCUACCGGGACGUGUUGGGGCCAACGACCGGCAAAGCUCACAUUCAGGCGCAGGGGAAGCGCGAGUGCAUCGUCGUCCUGCACGGACUGGGACCAAAGGUCGACACCGGCAGCGUGAUCUCAGUGGCAUUAGGAGAACGUGAUCGUCCGAUAGACGUAGUGUUGGGUGAGCCCAGCUACGAGUCAGUCCCGGACAUGGACACGACCAUGGUCAUGUCCAUGUUCACCGCCAUUGGGCCGCUGGAGUCGUGGAACAAGCGAGAGGGAGCCGGUGGGCGGUACGAGCGAGCAUUUGUGACCUUUGAAGACGAAGCCCAUGCUCGUGAAGCGGUGUCGUCGCUGCAGAGCGAGCCACUGCCCUUUGGCGACUCCAGGCUGCGACUCAACGUCGAGCCGAUCUUCUCGGUCAGCAUCCGCGUAUCCACACGCAUCUACGGGGCCGUCAAGGAGCGGCUGAACGGGCUGAUCGGACAGAAGGGAAAGAAGCAGCUGCAGGCCUGGGAUCCUCUGUUUGUCCGUCUCGCCGUCAUGUCGCCGCACCGGCUCUUCCGCAUCGUCAAGUUUGAGGGCAAGGACCGCGAUGCCGUGGCUCAGAUCAAGGACGCCGCCGACCGCAUCGUCGCCGGCGAUGUGCUGCGCUGCAACGGCAUCGAUGUCUGGUCUGACGCCUUCCGCAAUGCCAGCAGCCCCCAGGUGGCCCGACUCACCCUCUUCGAGCCCGACUACGGCGUUUUGCUCAUGCGCGACGUGCGUAGCCGCCAGCUGCGUGUGUUCGGGCCUGAGGUUGAGUACGAGCACAUCGUCAAUGCCGUGCGCGCCCUCAUGACCGACUUCGCGUCCUCUUCCUCGUCUGACGUUCACACGGUCCGCCUCAGCGACGACGGCUUUCGCUGGGUCAUCACGGGCGGUCUGCACGAGCUGCAGCGAUAUCUAGGCCGCGGCAAGGCCAUCAUCGAUGUCCAGCCGACCGGCAGCCGAAACCUCAUCGUCAUGGGCAGCGCGGCCGAUCACGCCACGGCGCUGCGACUGGUGGCAGGCCGACAGGCCAGCAGCAGCAGGAGUGCCGCUGUCGAUGGCGAGUGUCCCAUCUGUCUCGGCGAGGUGACCGAGGCCGAUAGGCCGAUCAGUCUGGCGUGUGGCCACAUCUACUGCGCCGACUGCUUUACCAACUUCUGUGCCGCCGGCGCCACCAGCGGCGCUAUCCUGUGCAUCGGUGACGCCGGUCGCUGCCGGAAUCAUGUGUCCUUGGCUGAGCUGCACGCCAACCUGGCCUCGGACACGCUCGAGGACGUGCUGGCCGCCUCGCUGGAUGCGUACGUGCGGCGCCACGCCCAGGAGCUGCGCAACUGCCCCACGCCGGACUGCACGCAUAUCUAUCGCGCCGGAUCGGCUGCUUCAGCUGCUUCGAUCGGCACCAGCGACGCCGCCAACGUCUUCACCUGCCGCAGCUGUCGCGCCAGCACCUGCAGGCUCUGCCAUGCGGCCCAUCCGAAGAGGCCGUGUGCCGUCCGGCUGGCCGCCGAAGACGCCGAGAUGCGCAAGGCAAAGGCAGCGCUCGGCCUCCAGGACUGUCCAAACUGUAGCGUCGCCAUCGAGAAGAGAGACGGAUGCAACCACAUGAACUGCUCUCAGUGUAAAGUACACUUUUGCUGGUUGUGUCUGGCUACCUUCGAGAAAAGCGACGACUGCUACAAGCACAUGAGGGGACUGCACGGUGGUUACUACAGCUGA